AUGCCCUUCCCAAUGGAACAAGUAUCGACUGACGUCUUCGCAUGUAUAACGGAAUACCUCCGUAUGGAAGACCUAUGUGCAAUGGCCCGCGUCUCCAAAGCCUACCACUCAGCUGUACAACCUCUUCUCUGGACCAUCAUUGAGAUGCACCGCCCAGGCUUCCAUACGCAAACCGCACAUAAAGCGCUCCGGAUCGAAGAAGCUACAAGUCGCAUGACACCACCGUAUGAUACCGGUCCUCGAAGCGAAUCACGAUGCCAGUCAGCUCAGAAGGCGCUCAUCCAAGGCGAGAAGUUUCUCAAUGUAUUCUCGAGUGAUGUAACACCAGGGGAAAGGCUGGUCGAAGAGAGGAAGAAAGAACUAGGCGCAUUGGUGCGGUGGCUCUGUUUGCCGACGCAUUUCAUGGCACCCAAUAGCAUGGCGCGGAGCUUUGCACAUUUUGUGAAUCUGGAGCAUCUAGAGAUAUCGUGUUAUUGGAAACCAAAUUCAGGCUUGGAUGAGUCCAAGGUGCAGCUGUCGGGAUUGCAAAAUCUGAAGACACUCAAAUUGCGUGGUUAUUUCCCCCAGGAGUUCGUCAGAUGGCUUCUCACGGAACCUGAUCGAAUCGAGGAACUUCAUUUGGCCGUUCUGGAUCGUCCGGUAGGCUGGUCCGAUUCGGAGAAUCCUGUACCAGAGAACCAGAAGCCUGAUUAUCUAGAAGAGAUGACGGCGGAGCAAGAAGACGUUGCUACUCGUGCUCUUGCAUGCCUGACUCCUGAAACCAUAUCGAGACUGGUAAGUCUCAAGACAUUACAUCUUUGCAGGCCUGGAGUCGGUAUCAAGUCCGAUCAGGGAAUGAUGUACUAUCCUACGUCAUCCGACGAGCGGAUUCUGAUGGAGUGGAGCGCGCUGUUCAGAGCGACACGAAAGACGCUGCAACACCUGAUCCUGGAUCAACGACCCGUCGCAGAAGAGAACACGGGGGAUGAAAACAGUAAUAAGUCGUAUAUGAGAGAAUGUGCGAACGGCCCUUCUUACGAUCGUUUUGUCAAGAUAGUGCUUCCUGAGUUACUCGACUCCAAGGCUUGCCCAGACUUGAGAACCAUCCGGCUAUUUGGAUUUGAGAGACAUGAUGAAGGGGUCGAUGCGAGGUAUAGUCGUGUGAACUACCCCAAUCGCAGUGUCGACGUACCUGGCCAACUCAGAGCGAGGUUUCCUGACGCUGACGUGUCAGACUACGCUGGUCGCCGACUGGUCAUGUGCCAUUGGUCGGGAGAGGUUGAGACUUGUAAGUUCAUGGAUGGAGGCUACUACGUACCGCUCCUGGAUCGUCUAGCCAAUGUUCUAAUCUUCGAGUAG